ACACUUGUGACGUUAACCGACCUGCCUCUAGCUCGCUAUAUUAACUCGUGACAGGCUAAAUUUACCCAGCAGAGAGAAUUUCCCUCAGCUGAGUGUCGCGGCUUCGGCUUCAUUUUCUUUCAGCGCGCCGACGACGAAGGAAGGGACGAGAAUGGCAAGUAAAGAGCAGACCGUGGUGGCUGAAUGUGCCCAGCAGCUGCGUGUGAUGGGAGAUUUGAUCCACUGGAAGUACGUGCUGCUCAGCCUGCUGGCGAAAAAUUACAAACAAAUGCAGAAGAUUAAAUGAAUCGGCCGAAGGGAAGAAAUCUGGCUGUAAUGUGACACUACCGGAAAAUGGCGCGACUUGACGUACGGUUCAAAAAACACCUCCUCUCUCUCUGCUGGAGUUUCUUGCUUUACAGGCGAAUUAGCUUCGAUUAAAGCUACGCCAUGUCGUCUCCACACGAGGAGGCACUGUUGUGGAAUCAGGCUUGCUUCUGGAGGGACGCCUUUCACCUUGCAAAUCAGCCACAUGUGGCCUAAAACACAAGGUGGGAAUUCAGAAAAGGGGACUUAAGGUGCUCCAUGGCAAUCUUGGUGAAAAGAACAAAACGAUGGAAACUAUUAAGUGCUGGUUCCUGGUGGUUUGGCUUUUCUUGCUGGGUUAAUAUCAGUGCAAAGGACUGUCCAAACAGGUGUCCUGUGACUGGUUACGUGGUUUCCCACGGGAAUCUGUAACCAAUAAGCCAAUUCCCAUUAGGGAGCAAAAUGAAUCCAUUAGAUUUGAAUCCUGAUGGGUCUUUCUUUGACAGGGAGUGUGGGUCAGAUUGUAAUGAACCUGAUGUUACCUCACAAACCACAAGCUCAGCGUCAUCCUUCACUGUCACCAGAACACAUUCGGUUUCAGCACAACUCUUUGUGUGGGACUUUCUGAUGACGUAUAGGCACAGUGAGUCAUCGCUCUCAAACAAAUGUCACUACAUUCACUUCCAGUGGACUUCCUUUUCUAAGCCCGACGGCCCAUAUCCUACAUACCAGUACCAUGUUAUUCUCUUUAUUGUUUAUUUUUAUUCUAUGUUCCUCGUAUGACACGUGCUCUGUUAUAUACCACAAUCAGAGGAUUGUUUUUACUGUGGUGGCUCUUCCACUUCUUUGCAUCUCAUAGCGUUCAUAGCGCUGUGUUGAAAUUAGGCACUCAUGCUGCCAUUUUGGUAGGAAAUUUCAAGUUCAUUCAGCAGCGUUUUGGCACUUUAUGAGAUAAAGCCAUAAUCAAUCCAGCAAAGACAGGAAAGCACUUUGUGGGGGGGGGGGAUACAAAGUUUAAAACUCAUUUUUAACACUCAUUAACUGAUUUGUUUGAGUCAUUUGCCUUGAUCUUUAUUUAAUUUGUUGCUGUAGUUAAGAUUUCCUGCUAUAUAACAUCUCAAACCCACAUACUAGCGUACUAAAUGGUACGAAAAGUGCAGAAGGUGAGGUGUAGAAGUGUGUGGUUAGAUCAGCCAGCGAGUCCAGCAGCUCCAGCGGAUUACAGCUCUGCUGUGCUGCUUAUUAACAUCUCCAAGUGUUUCUUGAUUAAGGAUGCAUUUAUUGAGACUGAGGUAAACAAGAUGUCAGAUGUCUGCAAAUAUUUCUCUGACAUGAUGUUGGGCUGGGUUUCUUACUCACCAGCUUUCUCCAAAUUCGUUUGAACGUGGUGCCUAAAUGUAAAUGCAGCGCCGUUUAAGGUGGAACGGAAAAUUCAACUAAGAAGCUAGCUCCAGCUUAACUGUCUGUGUUAUUUAAGAAUAAUAUAUUUAAGUUUUAGUAGCCACCUUUGUUAGUUUUUGUCUUAACUUUCUGAACUUUAGAGAUGUGCAGGUUAUAUGGAUUCAGAAAUGAUAAAUAUUUGUUUUUUUUGUAGACUGCAUCCAGAACUCAACCUAUGUUUUCAUCUUUUUUGUGGUCAUUUUUGUAUAUUUUGUUCGGUCUUCUUCCUCCUGCAUGGAUGUAACUCCAGCAACGGUUACAAUUGCCUACCAGAAUGGAAGUGGGGCUUUUUUUAUUGACGUUAUUGAAUACUGUGAAUUAAAGAGCCUGUGCCUUUAAGACUCGUGUGAAUCGCUGCUGUAGGAACAAAACCUUUUAUCUCCAUUUUUGUUGUGUUUCAGUUUUUGGCAGUCUGAAAAUGCCUGUUGUCCUUUACAUUGUGUGUAAACGUC